UUUUUGUCCACUACUGCAUUAACCCAUUAAUCGAUCUCUUUCACUCAAAUCAAUAUUUUGAGUACUGCUCUAGAAUGUUUAUUACAAAUUAUUUAUCUCUAUUGAUCUGAACUCUUUAUGGCAGCAUGUUGUUACUCGCUAACUUUAUGAGUUAUGAUAAUUUGUGCUGUGAACUUUUUUUUAGUUUCUUUUUUCAGUUAUGAAUUGAAUUUUUUAAUGUUUUUUAAAGCGUAAAACUUUACAUGUUACGAAUUAUUUAUAAUUUUGUAAUUUGUAAUAUAGAUUGAAUCAUACGGUUCAAUUACUGAGCAGUAGAUAGCCGGUCCGAAUUUCAUAUCAUUUUUGUAUUAAGAAUUGUGUAUUUAAUUACAACUAAUUCUACUCUACUCCAUAAUUCCAACUAUGGUUAAAUAAACAAGCAGUGUCAGUGUGUGUAGUCCGUAGGGUUUAAGAUCGUGUUCCAAAACACUCGCGCAGGUUCUCCCUUCAAAAAUCUUCAUUCUUCUUCUGUUUUCCCCUUACUUUAGAUGUUAAGAUGGAGGAGUUAUCGCAGAACCAGACAAUUGUCGUUCAUGGGAUUGCUGGUGCUGCCUCAGUGACUUUAGCCACGGCUUUCACUUAUCCUCUUGACACCAUCAAAGUUCUCAUCCAGGUUGGUUCCAGUGCCAGUAAAGAAUUGGACGCUGCCCGGGCUUUGACGAGAGUAGUCUCUCUGUCGGGUAAUGCAGGUUUGUACGAUGGUUUUGGCUGGUUUGCGGUUGGAAGGAUUUUUGGUCUGGGAGCACGAUUUGGGGUUUAUGAAAUCCUGACUGCCUUGUAUAAAGAUGGUAGGGAAGAUAAUUAUUUGCUUGCUUCUGAGGCUCUUCUGGCUGGCAUGGCAGCUGGUGCCAUUGAGGCAGUCAUAAGCUCUCCAUUCGAACUCAUCAAGCUUCGUAUGCAGGUUGCCUCUGCUUCAUAUGUUCCAAGCUCCAAGUUUUCUUUGGAAAAGGGGGCUCGUACGCCUUUAAUUGCAAGAUUACUUCAUGGGUGUUAUCCAGACAAGAGGUCCUUGAACCUAUAUGUUGGUCUCAUCUCCAGCCUAACAACCAAAAAUACUAACGUGACCAGUGCUUUACUAGAGUAUCCAUGGACAAUGACAGGAUCUGGGAUGCCACCAUCAGUUUCCAGUGUCAAGAGACCAUCAAACAUUAUAUCUUUGGAAGGAUGGAGCACAUUAUGGAGAGGUCUACGUUCUGGAAUAGUUCGAGAUUCUGUGUUUGGUGGCAUAUUUUUUUCGACCUGGCAAUUUCUUCACGAAGCAAUGUUAGAUUGGAAGGCUGUAGGGAUGAAUCCUCCACCCAGGUCAAAUGAAGACAUCAGUCCAUUGUCUCCUUUGACAGUUAGUCUUACUGCUGGAUUCUCAGCUUCACUUGCUGCGGCUGCUUCCCAUGGUUUUGAUACUUCAAGAAGUAGAUCACUAUGUACUGUGCUGCCAAAGUACAUCUCGAUGGAGAGAAAGCUUCUGAAAUGGAAACCACAAGGAAACAAGUUUGAAAGAUAUACUGGGAUCCAUCCUUCUGACAGAAAUGUCUUGUUCCGCGGUAUUGGUUGGCGGAUGGCUCGCUCUGGGUUGGCAUCAUUCCUGAUUGUAGGAAGCUAUUUCUUUGUUGCUGAUCAUCUUGCUUCUAGUUUGACAUAAUUGCCACAUAUUGAUACCACAUUUUGGUUAAUAACUUAAUUUGAGGGUGCUGCGCGUUACUAGUUAGUAAAGAAAUAUAGAAAGGAGACAGUACUUGAUGCUUACCACAGUUGAAUCAGACACUGGUGGGAAUCAGUACCCUGAUUGUGGUCCAGAUAAAAAGUAAUUAGAUUGCAUUUGUUCAAUAAAUAUAAAAGAUUCUUGAUGUGGGGAUUCACAAUAGGAAUUUUAUUUUCUACUUCUAUCACACAAGAGUUUGUACCUUCCCGCGACUGGCAAUUAAAUAAGAACAUAUAUUUUCUGCA